ACCCUGCGCCCACUCUGCCCGGCCGCCUCCGCCCGCCUUCGUCGGCCCGGGGCGGAUCAGGGGUCCCCACUCUCGCGAGAAGUGGGCCGCUGCAGGGUGUCAGGGGCGCCGGAGCCCGCGCGGGCCCUCGACGGGCCGAAGAUGGGGCGGUGCGCGGUGCAGCCGCGGCUGCUGCUGCUGCUGCUGGCGCUCGUCCUCCAGCCCUGGGAUCCCUGCCUGGGUGCAGACUCGGGGAAGUCCUCCAGCAUCCCCACAGAUAAAUUAUUAGUCAUAACUGUAGCAACAAAAGAAAGUGAUGGAUUCCAUCGAUUUAUGCAGUCAGCCAAAUACUUCAAUUAUACUGUGAAGGUCCUUGGUCAAGGAAAGGAGUGGCGAGGUGGUGAUGGAAUUAAUACUAUUGGAGGGGGCCAAAAAGUGAGAUUGAUGAAAGAAGUCAUGGAACAUUAUGCCAGUCAAGAGGAUAUGGUUGUCUUGUUUACUGAAUGCUUUAAUGUUAUAUUUGCUGGUGGUCCAGAAGAAGUUCUAAAAAAGUUCCAAAAGUCAAACCACAAAGUGGUCUUUGCAGCAGAUGGAAUUCUGUGGCCGGAUAAAAGACUAGCAGACAAGUAUCCCAUUGUGCACAUUGGGAAACGCUACCUGAAUUCGGGAGGAUUUAUUGGUUAUGCUCCAUAUAUCAACCGUAUAGUUCAACAGUGGAAUCUCCAGGAUAAUGAUGAUGAUCAGUUAUUUUAUACUAAAAUUUACAUUGAUCCAUUGAAGAGGGACGCUCUUAACAUCACACUGGAUCACAAAUGCAAAAUUUUCCAGACCUUAAAUGGAGCUGUAGAUGAAGUUGUUCUGAAAUUUGAAAAUGGCAAAGCCAGAGCUAAGAAUGUGUUUUAUGAAACAUUACCAGUGGCAAUUAAUGGAAAUGGACCUACCAAGAUUCUCCUGAAUUAUUUUGGAAACUAUGUACCUAAUGCAUGGACACAAGACAAUGGCUGCACUCUUUGUGAAGUGGAUACAAUUGACUUGUCUGCAGUAGAUGUUCACCCAAAUGUAACAAUAGGUGUUUUUAUUGAGCAACCAACCCCUUUCCUACCUCGAUUUCUGGACAUAUUGUUGACACUGGAUUACCCAAAAGAAGCAGUUAAACUCUUUAUUCAUAACAAAGAAGUUUAUCAUGAAAAGGACAUCAAGGUGUUUUUUGAUAAAGCUAAACAUGAAAUCACUACUAUGAAAAUUGUAGGACCGGAAGAAAAUCUAAGUCAAGCCGAAGCCAGAAACAUGGGAAUGGAUUUUUGCCGUCAGGAUGAAAACUGUGAUUAUUACUUUAGUGUGGAUGCAGAUGUUGUUUUGACAAAUCCAAGGACUUUAAAAAUUUUGAUUGAACAAAACAGAAAGAUCAUUGCUCCUCUUGUAACUCGUCAUGGAAAGCUGUGGUCCAACUUCUGGGGGGCCUUGAGUCCUGAUGGAUACUAUGCUCGAUCUGAAGAUUAUGUGGAUAUUGUUCAAGGGAAUAGAGUAGGGAUAUGGAAUGUCCCAUACAUGGCUAACGUGUACUUAAUUAAAGGAAAGACACUCCGAUCAGAGAUGAAUGAAAGGAACUAUUUUGUUCGUGAUAAAUUGGAUCCCGAUAUGGCUCUUUGCCGAAAUGCUAGAGAAAUGACUUUACAAAGGGAAAAAGACUCCCCUACUCCGGAAACAUUCCAAAUGCUCAGGCCCCCAAAGGGUGUGUUUAUGUACAUUUCUAAUAGACAUGAAUUUGGAAGACUAUUAUCAACUGCCAAUUAUAAUAUUUCCCAUUAUAACAAUGACCUCUGGCAGAUUUUUGAAAAUCCUGUGGACUGGAAGGAAAAGUAUAUAAACCGAGAUUAUUCGAAGAUUUUCACUGAAAAUAUAGUUGAACAGCCUUGUCCAGAUGUUUUUUGGUUUCCUAUAUUUUCUGAAAAAGCCUGCGAUGAAUUGGUGGAAGAAAUGGAGCAUUAUGGCCAGUGGUCUGGGGGAAAACAUCAUGAUAGCCGUAUAUCUGGUGGUUAUGAAAAUGUCCCAACUGAUGAUAUCCACAUGAAGCAAAUUGGUCUGGAGAAUGUAUGGCUUCAUUUUAUCCGGGAAUUUAUUGCGCCUGUUACGCUGAAGGUCUUUGCAGGCUAUUAUACUAAGGGGUUUGCACUAUUGAAUUUCGUAGUAAAAUACUCCCCUGAAAGACAACGCUCUCUUCGCCCUCAUCAUGACGCUUCUACAUUUACCAUCAACAUUGCACUCAAUAAUGUGGGAGAAGAUUUUCAGGGAGGUGGAUGCAAAUUUCUAAGGUACAAUUGCUCUAUUGAGUCACCAAGAAAAGGCUGGAGUUUCAUGCAUCCAGGGAGACUCACGCAUUUGCAUGAAGGACUUCCUGUUAAAAAUGGAACGAGAUACAUCGCUGUGUCAUUUAUAGAUCCCUAAGUUAUUUACUUUUCAUUGAAUUCAGUUUUCUUUUGGAAUGGAUGCCUGGCAUGAACAUGUCUUUGAAGUUGUGCUUGAGACGAUGAGAAGAAUAUUUAAAUAACUUCCACAGAACAACUUCACUUUGGGCCAAACAUUUGAAAAACUUUUUAUAAAAAAAUUGAUAUUUCUUAAUAUCUGCUCUGAGCCUUAAAACACAGAUUGAAGAAGAAAAAGGAAAAAAAAAUGUAAAAGCAAAUAUUUAUUUCUAUGCCUUAUUGUCUCUGAGAAUAAUAACAAUUUUCUGAAUUUGUGUUUCAGUUGAUAAAGUAUUCAGGUACAGAUGAACAAGUGACAAAUGAGACUAAUAAUAUUUUCUUAUUAAAAGGCUGGGAAGAGUUUUAUUUAUCAACAUGUAGACAAAAUGGAUAUAAAUGAAAAUUUCAAAAAUUUUAAUUUUUGAAAUGCUGAAAAACUGGAGUUCUAACUGAAUUUGUAUGCAACUAAUUGUGUAAGUGCUUUUUUGACUGCCUAUAUAGGCACCUUUUACAGUAGUUACUGAAGGAAUACAAAGAACAAUAUUACACAGUGUUUUUCCUCAAGAAACUUAGUACAAAGUAUAACUGAGGUACAUAUCCAGUGGAAAACAUUUCUGUUUAAAUUGUUAGAUUUUUUUACAUUUGCAGUAGAAAUCAAGCCUUAUGUUCCUUCAGAUGAAUUUUCCAAGGUAGAUUAUAUUAAGUAGAUGUUAGAUUUAGGACAGCUUUUGAGCCUUUCGAUUUCUUAAAGUACAUCAAAUAUCAACUUAAGAUCAGCAAGUGUCCUUAACUCAAAACAGGGUUUUUUUUUUUUUAUUCUAGAAAAUAAUGAGGAAAAAGAAAAUUUCAUUGAGAUUAGUAGUAACACUUUAUGACUUUUUUAAAAAAACUCUUUUUACGUUUUUAAGUACUUGAAUUUUAUAUCAGGAAGAUAAAGUUGGUGAACCUUUGUUCUUCCCUUUUGCCUUUUGUCUUCCUCCUAAUUCUUUUCUUCAGGAGGGUGAUUCACAUUUUUGUCUUCCCAGCAUAGUCUCCAUUUUGUCAUUCUUACUCUUUUUUUUUUUUUUUUUUUUUUUUUUUGCGGUACGCGGGCCUCUCACUGUUGUGGCAUCUCCCAUUAAGGAGCACAGACUCCAGACGCGCAGGCUCCGGACGCGCAGCCUCAGCGGCCAUGGCUCACGGGACCAACUGCUCCGCGGCAUGUGGGAUUCUACCGGACCAGGGCAUGAACCCGUGUUCCCUGCAUCAGCAGGCGGACUCUCAACCACUGCGCCAGCAGGGAAGCCCCUAUUCUUCUUACUCUUUUUAUUACCUUCCUUUUAUCCCACUUUAAGAAAUUCCCCAACACCAAAAAAUUUGUGACUUGAGUUUUUACCAUUACUCUGAGUGAGGUUUAAAUAUUCUUAUUGUAGCUACUGUUUUUAAUUUAAAGGUUAAACUUGAAAAAAAGUGUUAAGUCAUGGUGCCAAAUUUCAUUUUUCUAACACCAUGUGUUAGAAAAUUAUGAAAAAUAAAAUAAUUUAAAAUAA